UUGAAUUUUGGUAACUUUCGGAUGCGCUGAAGGUCUGCCAGUUUCCGUCACAUAUUUGGCCAAAUGCUCAAGAACAGUUGUUAGGGGCGUGGCCUCUUCAGCCAGCAUAUAAAACUAAAUUGGACAAUGUGCAGCAACUUUAGUUGCCAGUCGUCAGGUGCCGCAGCCUGACUUUAAUCCAACGGAAUGUAUUUGCCGGCGCGUUUCUGCCUGCUUAGUGUGCUCUUCGCCCUGGCUAGUGGCCAGAGGAGCAAGCCGCGUCCACAGGGACGCACAUUGGGUCUGCUCUCGCCGCUGCUGUUCGGUUCCGCGGGGCCAUUGUUCGAUGCGCCAGUGGCGCCUCUGGGCGGCGUGAGUGGAGGCGGGGUGGCGGCUGGCGCGGGCAGUGGCACGCAGUCGGAUCCGUACGGAGGAGGAGGAUACGGAGGCGGCGGAGGUUAUCCUGGUUAUGGCUAUGGCAGCGUCUACGGUUACAGGCCCAACUAUGGAUUUGGCUUGGGUUUGGGCUAUCCGGGCCUGGCUCAGAGCUAUUAUGGCUAUCCGGGCUAUGGCCUCUACAGGCCCAGCUACAACUACAACUACGGCGGCUAUCAGCGACCCGUGCAAUAUCCGGGCAACUAUUACGGCUCCAGGCCAAACUACGGCAAUUACAACAACUACAACAAUAAUUAUGGAAACAGACCUUCCUCCUACGGCAGCUACGCGACAGCCGUGCCGCCAAUCAGCGCCAAUCCAAGCGCGGGCGUGUCACCUGGUGUCGGCGCUGGCUCAGGCGCUGGAGCUGGAGCUGGUUCACAGCUCAACACAGCGCAGGCAGCGCAGCUGGCAGGCCUGCUGGGCCAAGCGCUGGGCAGCAGCUUGCGACCCUUGUUGGCCAAUGGCGGCGGCGGUGCAGCCGGAGCUGCCGGAGGCGCCAAUCCUCAGGCGCUGAGCGGUCUCUUGGGCUUGUUGGGCUGAAGGUAGCUCCAAAAGGAACUGGCUAACAGACUAGUCUGCGAUUAUCGAAUAGAAUAUCUCAUUAACAAAGUAUUUUUAAUUUAAGUUUGUUCAGUUAUAUUAAACACAUAAAAUUUCUAUAUGUAA